GAGAGCGCAGAGAGGAAGCACGGAGACACUGAGCGCGCGGCAGGAGAAGCAGCAAGCCCACCAAUCAGGGACCGGGUGGUCGUCGCGGGCUGUUCCAGCGUCAGCCAAUCAGAUCGCAGUAAGGGGCUCUCCGCUCGGCGCCAGCCAAUCCGCGGGCCGUAUCCCAGUGACGUGCUGUCCCCGCGGUUCCGUCGUGGUUGUCAUGGCAGCCCGGUUCCGCGCCGUGUUGUGGUUGUGGUUGUUGGCCCCGCUGGCUCUGGCCGGGGCCCCGUCUGAGUGCGUGGGGUUCAACGUGUUGUCCGGGCUCGGCCUGGCGGACACGGACUCCCUGGGGGUGAAGGUGCUGGAUUCCCCGGCGGUGGAUCUGGACGAGGAAUGUCUGGAGAAAUGCUGCUCCAACCCGGACUGCGACCUGGCCCUGCUCCGCGGCCCCCACAGCGACUGCCGCCUCGUCAGCUGCAGCUUCAACGGCUUCAACAUGUGCGACCUGCGGGAGAUGGAGGGAGCCAGGAGCUACCUGAGACCCAGUGUGGGAGCCAAGCCCGGCCAGAGAGACUUCUGCCUGUCACAAGCGGAAACUGGCCGCUGCCGAGCAUUUUUCCUGAGAUGGUGGUACGAUGUGGACAGCCAGACAUGCAAAAACUUCACUUAUGGCGGCUGCCAAGGAAAUCUGAACAAUCACUUGGAUGAGGGGCAAUGCAUGGAUAAAUGCAGCGGAGUGACUGCUGUGAACCCAUCCACUGAUGUAUUACCUACCAGCAAACGCCUGGUCGAAGCACAGUCCCAGAAUGAUGCAAUGCCAGAACCUGAAAAAGUGAAGGCUCCGGAACCUAGAACCUUUGAGGAAUUUUGUGCUGCUCCCAAGUACACCGGUCCUUGUCGGGCUGCCUUUCCUCGUUGGUACUAUAACGCAGAAACUGGGGCUUGCAACAAAUUCACAUACGGGGGAUGUCAAGGAAAUAAGAACAACUACCGGUCCGAGGCAGAGUGUGCCAAAACAUGCAUUGAUGAGCUGGAGAAUAUUCCCAUCCAUCACCGCUCGGCAACCACCUUGGCAUUGCCCAUCCUGCUUGCAGUCAUGGCUGGCAUCCUGCUCUGUGCCAUGGUCCUAUUCUUUGUGAAGAUGGCAAAGAACAGUCAACGAGCUUCCGACUUCAGAGCCAUGUGGAACCCUAUUGAUGAUAAGGAGCUUCUAAUGAACAACGCCUACACUUUGUAACAUGCCCGAGCAACGAGAGCCGUUCACACUCCGAGAUAUAGCCUUUUACUCCAAUAAACUAUGGCCAGUGAAAUAUCAUUCCUGUAAAGGGAGUGCAUCAUUAUUCUUUUAAUAUGUUUGUCUCCACUACAAGCUAGUCUUGGUUUUUUUUUUUCUUGGAUUUAUUUUUGGUUUUUAUUUCUUUCUUUUCUGUUCUGAGAUAUGACUUCUAUCUUUGGGAAGGGAGUAGAUUCAGGGUUAUUCUGUAAACUUUCACACUAGUUUGAAUGGAUGCAUUUAUUUUUAUAGAACAUAACUCCAGAUAGACUCCACGUCUAUUUAAAAGGCUGCAAGGUUCCUUAAGAUUCUCCAACUUUGCCUGCGGCUGAUUUUAUUCUAAAUGGUAAGGUAUCUUGUUUUUUUUUAGAAGAUGAUUCAAUAUGCAAUUGUACUAAACUGUUUUUAUGUGUAGAUAUGUGACUGUUUUCAUUAAAAUGUCUUAUAGAAUCAUGGUAGUCUGCAAGACUCUUGCCCAUGUGUGAGGUCACUUGGCAUAGAGGGUGCCAUAAAAAUGUUCAAAAAACUCCAUAAAAUGUUCACAGUUCUAGAUUAGAGGCAAAUCAAAAUACAAUUUUAUAAAAUUCAGGACGCGUAUUGCUGGCCACUCGUUUCAAAUAAUGUUAGGGUGGGUAUUUGUGUAGUGGUCUCAUGGCAUGCAUUCUGCUCUUUACCUUCUUGUCAAAGCCGAGGUUUUACACCAGUUAGUGUAACACCAGUUUAGUUGAUUGUCUUGGUACGUUUGGCAGCAUACUAGCUAGCCUGUUUGGAUGGGUAGUUUUACUGCAGCUUAAUGCAUUCUUUUGAUGCAAAGAGACUGUCCCUCCACUGUAAACACCAAGUUGUCUGUCAAAAUGCAGUGUUAACAUUGUGCUGCAAGGAAACCUCUAGCGACUGUUACUCUGCAAACCACUGGAGGCGCUGCUUCCUCCUGUGAUCCAAUGAUCUUUGCAGGAUAAAUGUUUAGCGUCUUCACUGUUGGCAUGAAGGCACCAAAUUCUUCUCAUAAAGAUGCAUUGACCUAAUGUCUGUAUGUGGAGAUGUGAUUGUCAGUGAUUGCUGCGCAUGCACGGUAGCCUCUUGUUCUUCUUCACGAAGUAGCAUUAGAUUGGAAGAGCUAAUUAUCACUGAUCUCUGCCACUGUGACUCUUAAAAAGCUUGGUUCUUAACAUUAAAAGGCACUCCGUUCUUUUUAACAUUAACUCCUUUAAGACUAAUUUUUAAAUUAAUUUACUUGUCAAUGCUAGACAAUUCAGUUUUACAGAUAACCCUGUCUGAGUCGGGGUGGAAAUCAGCAGAGGCUCAAUGAAUUUAUUUUAAAACGUACCUCUGCAACCAUUAGCAUCUCUUAUUAUAAAGAAUGAUUUCUGGUCAAUGUGUAGGAGGUGAAAGUCUAGGAUCCCAGCCUUAAACUCUGUCGUGGGAACAUAGCUGCAUCAACAUGUAGAGUGGCUCUGCCAGAUUCCAGACUAUAUUGCAAGCAGUGGGCCUCCAUGGUGACCAUUGAUGACUAAGAAGCGUGCUGUACAAGCUGUCUAUAAUAAGAGGAGGCUGUUACUGCCAGAACACAGUGUCUGUUUAACUGGAAUCAAAACAUGGCAGAAGCAUCAUCAUGUAUACAUUGUACCAAAGAAAACCUUAAUUGGAGCAAUAUGUUUAAUUCUGGAAUUAAAACCUGUAUUCCUUACCCUAUAGUGUUUAAGCUUGCUCCCCCUUAGAAAAGGUGAAAACUCGCCUUAUUUCCAGUGCAGCGUGGGUCUGCGGAUGCUGGCCCCGCCCCGAUCCGCCUCCUUGGUGACAUCAGUAUUGCAGAUCUUUAGCCAAUCCAAUGCUUUCCUUAUGGGAAAGCAUUGGAUUGGUUGAAAUCGGCAAGGAGGCAGGAUGGGGCCAGGGCCAAACACCGUUUUAGCCAAUCUGCACCUCCUCAUAAAGAUGCAUUAAAUCAAUGCAUCUUUAUGAGGAAAAUUCAACGUCUCCAUGCAGAAUGUGGAUACUCUGAAUGGCACUGCUGCCUACUGUGCAGCACUGACUUGGGAAGCACCUCUAGUGGCUGUCUGAGGAGUGGCCACUUGGAGGUGUCCCAAGGGGGCAAUGUAAACAAACAAGGCAAUGAUUAUACUCAUCAGAUCAAAUACGUUAAGCUGUAGUUGUUCUGGUGACUAGUGUCCCUUUAAACUUUAUGCAUGUGUCUCCACCUUGUGCGCGCUGUGGGAGCCUUCAUAUAGACAGAGCCUUGUUCUCCACAGCCUAGUGAUCGCUGUAGCUCCCCCUAAUGUCAAGUGUAAGAAUGCAUAGCAGUCCCAACUUUGUCACCUAACUUUUGAUUGGGAUGUGAGUUCAGUGAAACUGGGAGGGGAGUGGGGGCUGCUUUAAACGACAUCAGUCAUGCCAAAUGUGGUAACCUUUUUAUAAUUCAUUCACAUGAAUCCAGAAAAUGUUUGAAAAACGGUCACUUUAAAUCCCAGUUAGGUUCUCGAUACAUUGUAACUUUUUUUAAAUGUCUGAAUCACUGUUAAACGCUCACACAUCAUUCUGCCUGAUUUGUAUUUUUAGUCUGAGCUUCAAUUAAUAUGCCCUGUUCCAUUUUUCCAUAAAAUCUAAUUUUAUUGCUAUUCUAUGGAUUUGAGUGUUGCAGGUGGUGAGGUUUGAAAGUGAGUGAGAUGAGAUUGGUAAAUGUUUUAACAUACAUUAAGGUCUUUAUAUAGGAGCUUGGGGAUAAGACUAUGGAAUAUCAAUGAUUGGGUGUUUAAAUCUGGACUGCACACUGGGUUCAUCUAUUAAACACCGAACCGCAAAAUGGCUAAUCUGGAAAAAGUCACCACCUAUGCCCUAGCUGGGCUCGUUUAACCUCCGCUUAUCAACUUCUUAAUUCACUGCUCUCUGCGUUUUAGAGAAAUACCCUGGUGAGUGUUAUGCAUGUAUUCUUUGUUAAAUAAAAUCUUCUGUCCCCUUGA